AAUCAAAUCUAAAAAUCUUUUCAUGGUGCGACCUCUGCCACGUGAAUCGCAACUACACAAUAUUCACUUUCUCUGUCACUCCAUCCUCCAACCACGCACCGCCAAUCCGGUCACAUGACUUUCCAACCUUGACCGCCGCUGACAGCUCCCACCGACCACCAAUGUGAGUGUUGAGGUUAUGUUGUGGAACUUUAACCCAAAGUAAACACAGCGGGUUGCGAGCUCAGCCCCCGUAACGCACUAUUACGGAUCGUCGGGCCUUUUCCGUAGUAACAGCGCGUCGCGAUGUCGUCAACGCGGAAGUGCAAAAGUUGUGGUAGUUCGGACAUCGAGGUGGACCCCGCUCGGGGGGAUGCCGUCUGCACAAAUUGCGGCUCCGUGCUGGAAGUCAACAUCAUCGUCGCGGAGGUGCAGUUCGAGGAAGGGGCUCAUGGCACGAGCAGCGCGAUUGGCCAGUUCGUCUCGGCGGACUCCAAAGGGGGUGCCACCAAGUUCGGAGCUUCCUUCCAUGUCGGCACCGGGGUGGAGUCCAGGGAGAUGACGAUGAGGAAGGCGAGGAACGGGAUCACGCACUUGUGCAACCAGUUGCAGUUGAACCAGCACUGCAUUGAUACGGCUUGUAAUUUUUUUAAGAUGGCUUUGAACAGGAAUUUGACGAAGGGGCGAAAGAACACGCACGUGCAUGCGGCGUGUGUGUAUCUGACCUGUCGGACAGAGGGGACUGCACAUUUGUUAAUUGAUAUUAGCGACGUUCUGCAAAUUUGUUGCUACGAGCUGGGGAGGACCUACCUGAAGUUGUCGCAAGCGUUGUCCAUCAACAUACCGGCCGUUGAUCCGUGUCUCUACAUUCUGCGCUUCGCGGCCAAGCUCGAAUUCGGCUCAAAAACACAACAGGUAGCCAACACUGCCCUCCGGCUCGUGCAAAGGAUGAAAAGGGACUCGAUUCACUCAGGACGGCGGCCCUCUGGCCUGUGCGGAGCAGCGCUCCUGAUCGCGGCUCGUUUGCACGAAUUUGGACGUUCGGCGAGCGAUAUUGUGAAGAUCGUGAAAGUGCACGAGUCCACGCUGAGAAAAAGACUGAUCGAAUUCGGCGAUACUCCGAGCAGCGCUCUGACGCUGGAGGAAUUCAUGACCGUCGAUUUGGAAGAAGAGCAGGAUCCUCCGUCGUUCAAAGCAGCGCGGAAAAAGGACAAGGAGCGCCUGCAAAGGCUGAUGGAAGAGGAAGCGGAGAGUAUCACGGAACUACAGCAGGAAAUCGAGAUUCAGCUGAAUACGGACGCGAAGAAGAGGGUGCGGAAAAAGGACAGAGAUGCGGAGGAGAUCCAAGAAACGAACAGGUUCAUCCAGGAGUCGACGAUGGGCACGAUCAACCAGAUCAUCCAGGAGGAAGUGGUGGAGGAUCCGGGAGACGCGAAGCAGCCGGUCAAAGAGCUAGGUCCCGACAUCGCAAGCAUGGGCCUCGCCAGCUCCCUAGACGACACCUCCAACGCAGUCCAGCCGCAUUUGCCCCUCGAGGUGGAUUUAACGUUCGACGACAUCGACGACGAAGAACUCGACUCCUACAUUAUGACGGAGCACGAAUCACAAAGUAAAAACGCCAUUUGGCUUAAGCGGAACGCCGCCUUUUUGGAGGAGCAAAAAAUAAAAGCCGAGAAAUUGAAGAAGGAGCGGGAGGAGGGCAAACCGGAGAAGAAGAAGCGGAGGAAUGCGAGGAGGAAGCCGAUGGGGCCCACGAACUCGGCCGGAGAGGCCAUCGAGAAGAUCCUCCAGGAGAAGAAGAUCUCGUCGAAGAUUAACUACGACGUGCUGAAGAGCCUGAACGCCACGUUUGCGAAGCCGGAGAGCGCGACCGAGGAGGAGGGGGCGGCGCAGCCGGUACCGACUAAAAGACCUCGGUUAGACGAGGACGUCGCCAGGAAAGAAACAAAACCUACGAAGACCUCGAGUCGAAACAAGAAAGUCGACGUUGGUCUGCCGUUCGCCGAACAAGAAGCCAAAGUAGAAAAGAAAGAUGAGCCGUCAGAAGAAGAAGAGCUAGAUGAAGACUACGAAGAGGAGGACAACCCUGCUGAGGACUCCGUCAAAGAGAACGGCCUUCUGGAGAUGUUGCGGCAGCACCGGGACGACGGCGAAGACGAGCAAGAGUACUUCGGUUACGACGAAGACGAGUAUUCAGGAUACUAGAGUAGGUUAAUUGUGUUUCCAAUUGUUGAUCGCUGGCGGUUUUACACUUUUGUUGUUGUAAUUUAUUUAUACAUUUUGUAUCUUUUAAUAUAUGAAUAAACGCUUAAAAUGGA